AUGGCUACACCAAUGCACCCUACACGUUCUCUUGAAAAAGAUGAUUCAAGCAAAAAGGUCGACCAGAAAACCAGUAGAGGAAUGAUCAGAUCACUAUUUUACCUUACCGCUUCCAGACCUGACAUGAUGUUUAGUAUACCUAAAAGGCACUACCAACCAUACUUGUUCUACAAGAUAUCUCCUAAGUACAAACUAAGUGGAUAUUGUGAUUCUAAUUAUGUUGGAGAUAAACUUGAGAAAAAGAACACUAGUGGCAACUUCACCUUUCUAGGUGACAACUUAAUAUCUUGGUCAAGUGAGAGACAAAGCACCAUUGUCAUGUUAACAACAAAGGUUGAGUAUAUUUCAGCAGCUGACUGCAGUUCUCAACUGCUUUUGAUGAAACAUCAACUUGAAGACUACAAAAUCUAA